AUGGAGAACAACAGGAGCAACCAGCAGGCUCCUCCACCACCGCCAGGGUACCCAACGGCGGCUGCGGAGCAAGGCCAAGCGGGCGGGAAGAAGGGGGGCCGGGCGAGCACCAAAUCCAGGGGCGAGAAGGGCUUCAUCGAGGGGUGCCUGGCGGCGCUGUGCUGCUGCUGGAUCUGCGAGAUGUGCUGCGACUAA